AUGCCCAUCCGUGUCAAGCUCAAACCCCAGCCGGUGCGCGAGGGGAGUCCCUUCUCCGCCCGCUAUGAUGCCGUCGAGCUCCCCUACAUUGCUCCCGACGACUCGUUCCGCCUGGUGGUCAAGAAGCUGUCCCAGUACUUUACCGACGCUGUUGAGCUGCCCAGCACCUUUGACCAGCUGCGCACGACAUCUGCUGGCGACUGUCUCCGCCUCUUGACUAACCAUCUGACCGAUACCUGCGCCAACCCUGCCAUUGUCAAUGCUCUCUUGGCCCUCAAAUGGCAUUAUGCCCUGGAUCGUGACAACCAGGGUCUUGGAGAAGCUCGCUCCAACGCCUGUGAGAUUGUAGCCUGGAGAUUCCUGACCCGCCACUCAGAGCGUGAAGCUGUGACAUUCUGCCUCUUCGAGAUCCCGGACCAUAAGAAGACCAAGGCUCAGCAGCAGCAGCAGCUUGCCAAUGAUCCUGAAGCCGGCGAGCGAGCUCCUCUACUCCCUCGCGUGCUGGCAACCUUUGACGGCUCGUCUCCCAGCGCACCCGUCGGUAGUUCGUCCAAGAAGAUUCAGCUUCUCUCAUCCCUAUCCCGCCUAACCAACCUCAGUAUGGACGACGACGGCGAUGAUGACGAAGAGGAUGACCCCACCGCUGCUUUUGAAGGUUUGAACGCUCUCGAGAUUGCUGCUGUCGCCAACGCCAAGCGUUUUCUUAGCCAGCAUGUCGUGCAGAAGAUCAUCUCCGGCAUAUGGAACGGUGAUAUUGUUUUUUGGGACACAAUGUCCGUCAACUCAUCCAAACAUCCCCAUUUUUAUAACCCGACCACGUCGGAUCCUUAUUCCCGACUCCGUGUGCCCAAGUAUCUAAAAUGCUGGGAAGUCUUGUUCUUUGGCGUAUUUCUGUGCUUGUACUAUUCUGUUCUCAUUGUGCGAGACGAAACCCGUCUCACCGGCCCCGAGAUUGCCCUGUUCUUCUGGAUUGCUGCCUUCUUCUACGAUGAGCUGAGUGAAUGGGCCGAUGCUGGAGCCAUUUUUUACGCUACCGAUAUCUGGAACUUGUUUGACAUGAUUAUGAUCCUCAUUGGCAUUACCUUUGCCGUGUUAAGAAUUGUCGGCAUCAUGCGGCCAGAAACACGUUGCAACGACUUGGCAUUUGAUGUGUUGGCUCUGGAAGCCCUCUUCAUGAUUCCUCGCAUCUGCUCCAUCCUCAGUCUAAGCCCCUAUUGGGGAACCCUGAUCCCCUGCCUCAAAGAAAUGGGCAAGGACUUUAUCAAGUUCAUGGUCUUGAUCAUUAUCGUCUAUCUUGGCUUCCUCACUACGUUUUCGCUCGUUGGUCGAGACAGCUUUAGCUUGAGUAAGAUGACAGGAAUUCUGACCAAGAUCUUUUAUGGCUCCAGCUACGUUGGUUUUGAGGUCAUGGACCAGAUUGAUCCUAUUUUCGGCCCUCCCUUGAUGGUCAUUUUCAUCACUCUGUCUUCUUUCCUUCUCAUGGGAUCACUUACCGGUAUGCUCUCCAACAGCUUCUCUCGGGUCGUCACCCACGCCAAAGAAGAAUAUCUCUAUGUGUAUAGCGUCUAUGUGCUAGAGGCGUCGACCAGCAACCGACUCACUCAUUUUUACCCACCAUUCAACCUACUCUCUCUAAUUCUCUUCCGCCCAUGGCGAUACAUCUUUCCGCGGUACCACAAGUACCGUGCAGGUAGAAUCUGGCUUCUCAAGGUGACCCACGCACCUAUUGUUGCAGUCAUCAAGUUUUACGAGUAUCUCAAGUAUAAAGGAGACGACGACGAUGAAUUUCGCGGAUUCAAAGGCCCCAAGGAGCCCAAAGGCCGGCGGAGAAGGUCGGAUAUUGGCCCAGCGGCUGUUACAGGCCGUCCUUCGCUUGCCUCUCCUCGCAGAUCUGGACCAGCGAGACUGCUGCCGACGAGCCGAACACGGGGAGAGGACGACGUGGAUGCGCCGUCGUCCGUUGAAGUCCAAGUUUUGGAGCUGCAACAAAAGAUUGACCAGUUGACGGCGGUUGUCCUUGCGAUGAGGGAAAGUCAAAUUGCCAAUGAGAAGAAUGAAGCUGGCGCUGAUGCCGGAAAUAACAUUAGCUCUUUCUAA